AUGAAGGCUUCAUGUUGUGUUAGUGUUACUCAGGACGUGUCCAUGUCUUUCAAAUACAUGAGAAAAGGAAGCAGAUUCGUUUACUGGGGUUACGAGGUCAAUACCUCUUCAGAUGAUUGCAUUGCUGCCAUUAACUCCUACUCUCACCAGGUUCUUGGCUAUGGAAGAGAGAGGGAAGUGAUUCUAGAAGCGCCUUUGUAUGAUAAAGAUUGUGUUUUGGGAAACAUUUUAGCUGCACAUUACCUUACCUCUUCUGACUUUGCUAGGGCCAAAUCAUAUCUUCGAGCUGCAGAGUCCCAUCUUGGGGAAGCCACGCCAUAUGAGAAGGCAGUUUUCAAGGCUGUUGAUUACUUAUUCUGUGAGAAUAUGGAAGACGACGUGGCUUUGGAGUUACACUCUAAGCUCUUGGAAAAGUUUCCUAAAGAUUUGCUAUCUUGGAAGAGAGUAGAGAUAUUGUGUUUCUACAUGGGCCGACCCGAUCUCUCUUUGCCUCUGUUUGAGAAGAUUCUACCGGAGAAUCGAGAACAAGAUUAUGUUUACGGUAUGUUUGCAUUCCCCUUAAUGGAGCUUGGACAGUUGGUAGAAGCUGAGAAAGCUGCUAGGAAAGGCUAUGAGAUCAACAAAAACGACUCUUGGGCUCAUCACUGCUUGUGUCAUGUUCUUCAGACUGAAUGCCGUUUCAACGAAGCAGUAGAGUUCAUGGAAGGAUGCUCGGCUUCAUGGGAUUCUUGCUCUUCCCUAAGGUAUUCGCAUAAUUGGUGGCAUGUAGCUGUUUGUUACUUGGAAGCAGGGUCUUCCAUAAGUAAAGUGCAAGAUAUAUAUGAUCAUCAGAUGUAUAAAGAGCUGGAGAAAGAUGAUGCUGUUGCUACAGAUGUUUAUAAGGAUGCUCUUGGUUUGUUGUUGCGCUUGGACACACGCGAUAAACUAGAUGAGUUUUUAAACAGACUGAAGAUCCUUGCAAACUGUUUGACUGAUCAAGCAAUGUGGUACCAAGAGUGGCUUUUUGAUAUCACUACAAUCUGGGCGUUGAGUAAAGUUGGAUACACUUCGCAAGCACAUGUAUUGCUCGAGGGCCUCAAGUCCAGAACAUCUAAUAUGGGAGAGAAGAAAAAACAGCUGAUGCAGAAAGCAAUUGUGCUUGCUGAAGCUGUAUAUGAAUAUGGCAAAGGCAACUACAAAGAAGCUCUAGAACUGCUUGGUCCAAACUUUGACGCUGAUAACUACAAGGUGAUUGGGGCAUCGGGUUUACAGAUCGAUGUUUUCAAUGAAAUGUGGUACAAAUUGCUGCUACUCAAUGGUCAACCAUCCCUUGCGAUUGAAGUACUAGAGAAGAGGAUAAAGCAGAGAGAUGGUGCUCCAUUCUUGUGGCGUAUACUGGAGAAGAGUUACGGCAUGGAAGGCAAGGCAGAAGAAGCUGCAAGUGCAGGUGAGAAAGCAAAGGCGUUGGAAACUUCACAUUUCAAGCUUGCUUGAUGGCCACAAAACGGCAUGUGUCUUGUUAAGUGUCUUAGACAUCAUGCUUUGUUGAAUAAGUCUCAAUCGUUUUAUGGUCAAUGUAUAAGUUGACCUUGUGACAUUUCUAUGUAAAUUUGCGGUAUGACCAAUACUAAUAUGUACUAAUAAUUAAUUCA